AUGCAGCGUGAAUCUGCCCACACCGACAUGUGUAUCUUCAUCCAGGAGCCUGAACAAGGUGCAACGAGCGCCACGUUCCUUCUCGCGACCCUCAAGUUUCAUUACGACUUCCUCCUGCGGGGCCUCGGAAAUAUCCAUGUCGAACACGUCGAAUACCGUAAAUCGAAUUCACUUUGGGACACGGAGCAUGAGUACCUGGUGGUGAUGGUAAAGGAAUCGUCGGGAGCUGGGCGGACAGGGUAUCUUUUGGUGGACAGGCUGGAUGACGACCCUACAGCGGGCGCACUCGCCUCUUUUUUCCCAGCAAAGAGAUCCAGAAGAUGGAAUCCACCCGAUGCCCGCGAAAGAGUCGUCAUCUUGUUCAACACUGACGAAGCUGUGAAUGUACAGGGUCAAUGUGCCUGUGAUGUUCUUAUGACAAUGGACCUUCGCCAGGCGUCACGACAUGUCACCUUCGAGGACUUUCUGCUCCUCGCCAAGACCGCCUCGAGGAAAGCCCCGUCGCAUUCUCAGUGCUUUUGGCUUGCCUACACCAUUUGGACGGUCCUCGAGCUGGAGACAGGAGCGCACAUCGAACGGACAAGGCAUGCCAUACGCCGGGGCAAACAUUCUUGGCUGUGGCUGUGGGCGAACCUUUUUUCUUCUGAGAGAAGCGCCGAUGGGGUGGACGAUUCGAGGACGCCAGAGACGAUAAAGUCGGAGUGGGAAGAAGCAAAAGUUGUUGCGAGCCAGGAGUGGGAUGCGUCACUACAGGCGCUUCGUGCUCCAGAAUUGGCCGAACAGGAAGCACUUCGACAAGAACAAGCCGCUUUCCAGCAAGACCUAGCAAUCCUUGAACAAGAACGGGCUGGUCGCCUACGGGCAGAGGCUCAGGUCAAUGAACUUCGAGCGACGCUGUCAAGAAGACUUGAGCUUGCUGGUAAUGUGUCCAACAAUGCGUAAUUUUAUUUCUCCUUCAUUCG